CAGUUUCCAUUGGCCGCCCACCCUCCCCUUUGUGCCGGAGCCUGCUCAGUUCUCUCGGGUCUUUAUGCAGAUCUGUACAGUGUCUAUAAGAUGGCAUCCCAGCAGUUCUAUGUCAGCUUAACUGGGCUGGCUGCACUGUUGCUAGUGUUGGCGCUCGGAGAUGCGUCCAGUGGAGGCAGCUUGCACAAGAUACUAAGAAAGAGAGAUGUGGCAGCAGCAGCUGCCGGCCCCUCGAAGUCGUCCGUCGCCAUCCAACCGUCCAAGGCUCAAGAGUUCCUGGCCAAGCUCAGCAGGACCAGGAGGCACAUUUGGGAUCGCACCAGACCAGACGUGCAGCAGUGGAUCGCGCAGUUCAUGUCCAUGGGAUAUGAUGAGCAGAGGCUGGAGGCUGACCUGUCGUACUGGAUGGACCACGCACGAGCCAAUGAUCAGGGACGUCAGCACCACUACGAUGAAAACGCCCCGCUCGCCCCGCAGCACCCCAGCUCCUACAGACACGGGGCGAACGUCAACUACGACUACUAUUAACCCCCACGGCAUUCACAGAAGUCCCAGGACCCGCUGGCCAGAGGCUCCUUCCUUUGUCUGAGUCAGCGAGUAGCUUCUUACCAAGGCAGCCUUAACUUUUACUCCCUCCACAGCUGCUGAUUUUAAUCUGUAACAGUAAAAAUAUUUGGAAACCCCCUUAUUUAGGCAUAAUUGUGUAUUACACUUAAAGUGCGAUAAUAAAAGACCUGAAGCA